CACAUAGAUAUGGAAGGACCAUUAAUGAGCGAUUUUUUGACUUUGGUAACAAGAGUAAACGACAACAAUGGAUAUCUACAUAUACUAGAACAGCAAAGCAAUUUAUGUCAAAGGAAGAAGGGCUGAUAUUGACUGUAUUCUAUCCUAGUAUUCUUGGGAAGCAAGAAGUAUCCUUCCAAGCUUUAACAACUGCCGGGAGUGAUGGCUUUCUUCAGCUGCUGCCUGUGUAUGCAGAUCACGUACUAUAUCCUGCUUUAACCGAUUCUGGCUUUUACACAGAGGCCCAUCACAUCAAUCAAAAUGGUGAAAAUGCAGUGAACCAGCUCGCUCCAAACAAGCUUAAUGGAGCUUAGAUCUAGGCUUUGAGCUGACUAUUCUUCGAAAACAUCAAUUAAUUCAUGCUCCAAUAACCAAGAACGAACAAAAUCGCCGGACGUGCCAGUGUUUUCUUGGGAUGGCCAACGCGUCAACGGAUACGCAAGAAGAGUAGACAUAUGCAUAGAACGCUUCUGGUCGAGGCUGCAUUGGCGGAGCUUCCGUUGUAUUGGCCGCAAUGAGCAAUGAUCGAUCUAGGUUUGUGGAGCAUUGUUUCUAAAUGGAAGACCUAGAGAGCUUGUAACAAUGGAAAUGAGCGUCGUUCUUUGCACUUUGUUCAGAAAUGAUUCGCAAAUGAGAUAACAAAUGAUGAUAAAAGAUAGCCCACAAGAAGUAAAUAAUGAGAUAUAAAAGAAAUGAUUA